AUGACACUGGAUGAGCUCGAAGCAUUUAUCGAGGCCAUCGAAGUCUACCGCGACUGCACCAACGUCACGUCAUCGUCAUCAACGACGAGCACGCGCUACCUACGCGGCCUGCCGAUGCUGCUGGCUAUAUCAGACUUCUUGCUGGGUGUAUUCUGUCUACCUUUCACACUAGUCGGUCAGAUAUACAGACGGUUCUUGUUUGGAGCACUCAUGUGCAAACUGAUCCCAUUUCUACAAGCGGUGUCCGUGUCAGUGGACGUGUGGACGUUAGUUGCGAUAUCUCUGGAGAGGUACUUCGCGAUCUGUCGACCUCUAAAGUCCAGAAAAUGGCAGACACAGUGCCACGCCUACAAAAUGAUUGCCAUGGUCUGGAUCCUGUCCAUCGUUCUAAAUUCUCCAAUCCUGAUCGUCUCAGAUCUUCAGCCUAUGAGGGGCAAUGCCUUCAAAUGCAGAGAAGUCUGGACAAGUCUAGAAUUGGAACGGGCCUUCAAUCUUGGACUGGACGCCGGUCUUCUGCUAAUACCAAUCUUCAUCAUGUCAUUUGCCUACUCCUUGAUCGUCACCAAACUGUGGCGAGGAAUGCGCCAUGAGAUACAACACAACUUCAAGUGGCAAAGACAUUGCUUUUCAUAG